AAACCCAACACUCCAACACUCGACAAGAUUCCAACGCCGACCAGCUCGCAAUCGGCACGACGACUUCGCUUCCCCGGAGUCGCCGGGAUUUCUCGGCCGGGGGGGAAGAGCAGAGAGCGCCGAGAUCCCGCGGCACGGGCAGGCGCUGAGGAGGCGCCGUAGCACACCUCGUCGGCAGCGGUCGGCGCCUCGGGUGGGCAUCGCGCGCGGCGAGAUUCGGCGGGGAUGGCGCGGUGGCGGGCGCGGCGCCUCCUGCCGCUGCUUACCUUCGUCACGCUCGGGAUGAUCCUCGGUUCUUUGCUUCAGUUAGCACUUCUGCAUCGGCUGGAUGACCCCUCACAUUUAAUGCAUGCCGAUAAUGAUCCAGAGGCUGCUGUUCUUCGUCUUGGAUAUGUGAAGCCUGAAGUUAUCAGCUGGACACCAAGGAUAAUUGUUUUCUAUAAUUUUCUUAGUUCAGAGGAAUGUGAUUACCUAAUGGCAAUUGCUAGACCAAGACUCCAAAUUUCUACUGUAGUGGACGUCACGACGGGAAAGGGUGUAAAAAGUGAUGUUCGGACAAGUUCUGGUAUGUUCGUGAAUUCUGAAGAAAGAAAAUCUCCAGUCAUUCAGGCUAUAGAGAAACGGAUUUCUGUGUUUUCUCAAAUACCUAAAGAAAAUGGGGAACUCAUUCAAGUAUUGAGGUAUGAAGCAAGUCAAUACUAUAGGCCACAUCAUGAUUAUUUUUCUGAUACUUUUAACCUGAAACGUGGGGGGCAGCGUGUUGCUACAAUGCUUAUGUAUUUGACUGAUGGUGUUGAAGGUGGUGAAACCCACUUUCCACAGGCAGGAGAAGGUCAGUGCAGCUGCGGAGGAAACAUUGUCCGAGGACUGUGCGUCAAGCCAAACAAAGGCGAUGCUGUUCUCUUUUGGAGCAUGGGAUUGGAUGGUAACACGGACCCGAACAGCAUCCACAGCGGGUGCCCCGUUCUGAAAGGGGAGAAAUGGUCGGCGACAAAAUGGAUGAGGCAGAAGAUGACUUUCUGAUUAGUAUUAUUUGGGUUUGGUCGGUACAGAGAAAUUCUGUUUUUUCUCUAUUCUGUACAACUUUCUUUUUUUUUUUGAGAUGGAAGAAACAUUUUGGUAAAUCUGUCAAGUAAAUGAAUAGAACGGAAGAAUCACCCCGGAUCUACAUCUCUCAA